AUGACGGAGGACUUCGUCCGCGGUGGCGAUACUGAAGAGGUGGUGAAUGCAUUGGCGCUGGGUGAGAUAGAAAAGAUGUUACAAGCUGGGAUCCGUCUCCCUUUCAGCACAGCAACGGGGGAGAAAAGUGACAUGGCGCUGCCUAAGAGCGUCGCUGAUAUCCUCGUUCGUCACGCGCAGGAACUGAAGUUCAUCGACUUGAAUUCUGUUUUGGAUGACCUCAGGGCAGAGGGGAUCAUUCGUCAACAUGCAUACUACGACAUUCUCAGAAGGGAUACGAGGAAAAAGACUAUGUUUCUAGUGGAAUAUCUCCCUGCAAGCGGAGACAACGCUUUCCGGACUUUCAUUAACGUCCUUCGGAAAAGGAAGUAUGCCGACCUAGCCGACAGAUUGGAAAAAGGUGAAGAUCUCAUAACGUUGUCCCAGGAGGAAGACAUCAGGAAGACGGAUAGCUACGUAGCGAAAAUCGACAGUAUUUUCUCCAUCUUGUUUAGGAAAAAUCCGCAUUCGACAUACAAGAAACUACUGAAGGUGCUUGAAUCCAUGGAAAGGGAUGAUAUCGUCGAUAGGGUGGAGGGUGGCUUGGCAAUAGACGAAACAAGAGAAUCCAGCAUCUCUCUCAUCUCGUCUCGCUACUCUUUCCUAACUCACGAAAGAGCAAUGAGCGACGUGGCCGACAUCCUUGCUCGUUACACUGAGGACCUGUCGUUCAUCGACUUGAAGAUCAUUUUUGGCGACCUCAUGGUUCAGGGGAUCAUCAAGCACCAUGAAUACUUCGAAAUCGUCAACGACGGAACGAGGGAGAAACAGCAGAGGCUGUUUCUUCAAGAACACCUGCCUCAGAGGGGAGACAAUGCUUUUCCAACUUUCAUUACAAUCCUUCGCCAGCGAGGUUACGGUUCUCUUGCCAGCAAAUUGGAAACAGGACGAGACAGAAGCGCGAAGACAUUCGCGCUCGUCGGCCUCGGUGAGCGAUGCGACCGUCCCUUAGCAAGUCCCGUGCCAACUCUGAACGAUUUCGCCCUCACUUUGUUCACCGAGAACGAACGCGGGACGACUUUCGACCGAAUUCCUGCAACAGUUGAUUACCCCCACGUGUCGAAGCUCGUCAAGUGGGGAUUCGAUCUGGACUUUGACCCGAAGACCGCUUCAGCGACACACGAGAACUAUAAGGAAAAAUCAAAGCUACGGGAAAUGCACUCAUCAGGGAUAAAAUUCGGAAAUGGGAUGCAUAAAGGCGCCCAGGUGACAGAGCGGACUAUGAGGCCCAUCACGAGGACGUUCAAGCGGGAAAUGAGCUCUGGGAGACGGGGAGUCCAGGAACGGCUGGGUAGCGAUGCUAAGACGAGCCCCAAGGAUUUUUACCGUUGUUCAUUUUGGUUUCCAUUCGGUCUGGGGGAGAAGAGAACCAUGGCCCAUGUCGCUGAAAUCCUCAUUCGGCACAAGGGAGAACUGAAUUUCAUCAACUUUGAAACUGUUUUGGCUGACCUGAGGGUAGAGGGUAUCAUUAACCACUUUGAGUACUUUGACAUCGUCAACAAGAAUACGAGGGAGAAGACCUUGUUUCUACUAGAAUGUCUGCCUAGAAGUGGAGACAACGCCUUCUCUAUCUUCAUUGAAGUUCUACGGCGAAGGAAUCAUGCUAAAUUUGCUGACAUAUUGGAACAAGACGUAAGAGACUUCCUCCAUCAGCUUUCUGGGGAAGACCUCAUUACUUUACCCGAAGAGGAAGACAUCAAGAAGAAGGACACGUACUUUGAAAAAAUAGACAGUGUAUUCUCAAUCCUCUUUAAGAAAAAAACGGAUUCGACCUACGAGAAGCUAUUGAAAGUGCUGGAAGCCAUGGAAAGAGACGAUAUUAUCGACAGAGUGGAGGGUGGUUCGGUGAGAAGUGAGUCGCCGAGGUCACUCACUGACAUAAUCCAGGCAAAGUGGGAUGUCCUGAUCGACUGCUUGAAGGUGGAUGAAAUUACUAGUUACCUGUUAAAAUCAGGAGUUCUAACUCAAGGCGAUCGAGAUGAGAUCGCGACGCCACGACGAGAGAAGGAAAGGAGAAUUACGCUUUUGGCGAAGCUGCCUGCAAGGAUCGAGUCAAGAACAUUCGAAAAGUUCCUUGAUGCCCUGAAGGCAGUUGGGCAGGAUUUCAUGUUUAAGGAGCUUCGGUCACAAUGGGAAGAGAUCGAAAGUCCGACUCCAGAAGAGAAAAGUACGCUGUUGAAUCAGACCCAAGAUCCUGGAAUAUUCAAUGGGGUCAGGGUCUGCUUGAUGCAUAAUGGGAUACACGCGGAUCCCUCAUUCCUGCGAACCAAAACAUCUCCAAGAGAAGACCUAACAACUGAGGAGGAGAGAAGAGAAGGGGUCCUGGAAGGCAGCGGGUGCAGUGCUGGGAUUCCAUCAGAUGACGAUGCAUGGGAAAUGGCGAAACUACUGGAGGAAUCGUGGGACGAAUGGGAGGAUAUAGGGCAACAAUUGAAAAUCGAUGAGAAAGACCUGAAGAGGAUCAGGGAAAUGAAGAAAGAUCAACCGAGGACGACAUAUCUUCUUCUGCAACAUUGGAGAGUUUCUUCAUCUAACGAUCGACCUUCCACUUUUGAAACGCUCUGCAAAGCAUUGCUCAAGCAAGGCAUGAAGCCACAAGCAGAUGCAAUCACUCUUUAUGCGAUUGCAAAGGAGAAAGCUGGAAGUCCUUUGCUGAAAGAGGAGCCGUCCGAUGACGACAUUUGGGAGAUAGCAGGAAAACUGCAAGAAAAAUCGGACGAAUGGGAGGACCUUGGGCGACAGUUGGGAGUUAGUGAAGAUCAGCUUCGACGGAUCAGGGAGAUGAAGAAGGGUCCAUUAAGGACUCUAUAUCUUCUCUUGGCGCAGUGGAAGAAUUCGUCUUCAAAUGAACAACCCACAACGUUCGCAUCACUGCACAAAGCUUUGCUGAAACAAGGCAUGAAGCCCGAGGCAGAUGAAAUCAUCAAUGUCAUCUGCAAAAAGAAAAGUGUUGAGGUGAAGGAAGGCAAAUGAACGCUUCAGAUG